AUGGCGUUGCUACAGCGCCGACUUCAAGCCCUACUCGAUAUCCUGGAUGGAAAUCCCGGGAUAGCACACUUUGUGCGCCGACUCCACUUGGCGUUUGAUGAUAUCCCAGCAUUGAACGCCAACGCGCACCUUCUCCUUGACCUUGUCCAAAGGUUUGACGGGAUAAGGACCCUUGACAUCGCGUUGAACGCUCGAAAUCGGGAUAUCGGCAAUCUCGAAGGAAAUUGGGACGACACACCACUGAAUACCCACGCGGAAGCCAGCAUCCGCCACCUCUGUGCCCUCCCAACUCUGACCAAGCUCGCAAUAUCCGGUGGAAAGCUUCCCUUCGAUAUCUUCAUCCACAACGCCCAUCUUCAGUCGCUUAACCUCUUCCAAAUUCAUGAACGCUCGAAGGUAGAAACCGACUCGAUCGAGCCAUGCGACGCGUCCACGAGAGCUGCCAGGAAAUAUCCAGCACUCAAAGCCCUGACAUUCGAUGUGGACGAUGACUUUUGGAUUCACGAUGGUUCACCAUUGCUUUACAAACUCGUCCACCACCAUCCCCAGUUAUUCCGACACCUCACCACACUCAACCUCCCAUUUUUCGUCUCGCUCGAUAACCUCAAGGAAAUCCUAUCUCUCACCACAGAAACCCUCACCGACCUCCUCUAUUCCUCCGUCCUCCCCGCCAAACCCAAUCAAGCGAUGGUGGAUUUCAGCAACAUGAAGAACCUCCGCUCCAUUUUCCUGCUCUACAAACCUGAUCGGAGCGUGCCAUUCGCCUCUUACCACCCACAUAUCAUGUCAUCCGUAUCCACCAUCCCAUGGAGACAGAUGGAAAGCGCAACCUUCUUCCUCCACUCGAAUUGCGUUGUUCGAAGGCACCCCAAAACACACCUCGAGCGGAAUCCGACAGCCCACUUCCAGGCAUUCGAUUCGAUGCUCGCGCCGUAUACAGUCACAAAUGGAGGAAGGCUAUCGCAUGUCGACUUGAUGCUGGCACAGGAGCGAUGUUUAGAUCGAUGUUGGCAACAUGGGAGGAUGGAACCGUACGUAGUGGAGAGCUUCGUUCCUCAACUUUACGAGCAGGCCGUAUCAGAUUCGAGACUGAAACUUAGAUGUAACUUCCAUGCGAGCUUGUUGACUAUCGAAUGGCUGAUGGGGCUCCAUCGAGCGAAUCAGCGCGGUGAUACCAUCGGGGGCGCUGGUCAAGCAUCAACUGGAAUCCAAGGCAGGGAUCUUCAUGCACUUUCGACAUCCUUAUGGAACUCCAGGAAGCCCUUCACGAGCACCUCCGGUUCGCCGAGCGCCCCGGAACUUGGUACCAACGGGGUUAUCAAGACUACUUUAGCUACCUAG